UUUGUACCACAAUUGACGCAUUAUAAUUAAAUGGUAAUUAUCCUUUCCUCUUUCGCGUGGAUUGUACAAAUUUUUUGCCCGCCGGCAGGUGUGGAUCCGUAUAGAAAUUUCGAAGGAAAGUGCGAGAAUUUCUCGACGUAACGACCACAAAAUUACGGCAUUCGGUCUCUGAUCAUGGGUUAAACACCCGAAAAAAAGGACACUUUCACUGCGACGCGUUUCAAUUGUGUUCAUGCAAAACGCCGAGCCGAAUCAAGGCCUGCAAGUAGUGAAAAUGAGAAAAGCAAAAGCAAUAGUGGCGGUAGAAAGGAUUUCGGCGUACACGCGACAUUGGCGACUUCAGAAAGAGCCGAACAAUGGCGCCUACACCAACAUAUAUCGUAAAUGCAGUGACCGGAGAAAAUGAGGACGGGUUCCCGCUCGCUAUUCAAGACGUUGAUAAGGAGACCAACGAUGAAUUACUGGAUUCAUUUACAGGUGAAAAAUCCGGAUUCGUGCAAGUGGGCCCGAAGAAGUACUUUUUCCCGAGCGGUUACAAGCGCGAAGCCAGCAAUUACUACAAUUUCAAAGCGAGGCCAGACGACGUGUUUGUAAUCACUUUUCCUAGGUCGGGUACAACCUGGACGCAAGAAAUGGUGUGGCUCUUGGCAAACAAAUUAGAUUACGAAAGAGCGUCCGAAGAGCCGUUAACAAAAAGAUUUCCUUUUUUAGAAUUCAGCUGUUUCGUUCACCAAGACACGAAAUCUACGUUCCUAAAGGAGAACCAAUACGAUACAGAUAAAUGCAAAAAAAUAGAAAACCUGGACACCCCGCAUUGGAAAACCUUCGAGGAAAAAACGGAGAGGAGAUUCAUCAAAACGCACUUACCAUUCAGUUUACUGCCGCCGGAUUUACUGGAAACAGGUAGCAAGGUAAUUUACGUUGCUAGAAAUCCAAAGGACGUCGCCGUGUCGUUCUACCAUUUGAACAGGACGUACAGGACGCAAGGAUACACCGGGGAUUUCCCGCAAUUUUGGAGAUACUUCCAGAACGGUUUGGUCGCUUGGGCACCUUACUGGGAGCAUAUAAAGGAAGGGUGGAAUCGCAGGAACGAGAACAACGUGCUGUUUCUCUUCUACGAAGAUAUGAACAAGGACUUGAAACAAACCAUCGCGAAGGUGUCGGAUUUCUUGGAAGUUAGUUAUUCGGAUCGGGAGAUCAGUAAACUCGCGGAGCACCUUAGGAUAGACAAUUUCAAGAAUAACAAAUCAGUGAAUAAGAGCGAUUUGAGGGAUUUGGGCAUUCUGUUGAGCAACGAGGAGAGUUUUAUAAGAACGGGAAAAAGCGGUGGCUGGCGUUCGUAUUUCGACGAUGAAUUAAAUAGAGAAGCAGACGAAUGGAUACAGAAGAAUUUGAGGGCGUUUGACCACUCGUUUCCGGCGUUUCCGUAAUACAAUGUACAAAUUAUUGAUAUAUUAACA